AUGUGGAGUUUUGUCAUGGCAGCAUCUGUAAUCCUGGCACUAGGAACAGAAUAUUAUUCCCAUGUUCUCAGGACAACUCUGAAUCCUGAAGUUCUUUUAAAUGCUAGUCAGAUCAUUCUCUACUGGAAAUACCCACUUGAAGAGCAUGAAGUUGAAACUGCUGAUUCAUAUAUCCUUACCCUUCAUAGAAUUCCCUAUGGAAGAACAGGCAAUAAAGGACCAGGUCAGCGGCCUGUUAUAUUUUUGCAGCAUGGUUUGUUGUCAUCAACUGUCAGCUGGAUCUCCAACUUCCCCAAUAACAGCCUGGCCUUCAUUCUGGCAGAUGCAGGCUUUGAUGUGUGGAUGGGAAACAGCCGGGAUACGUAUUCCCGGAAACAUGCCACCUUGUCAACAAAUUCCAAAGAGUACUGGGCUUUCAGUUUUGAUGAAAUGGUGAGAUAUGAUCUUCCAGUCUCAAUUGACUACAUUGUGAAAAAAACUGGGCAGAAGAUAUAUUACGUGGGCCAUUCUCAAGGCACACUUCUUGGUUUCCUGGCAUUCUCUACCUUACCCCAGCUGGCUCAGAAGGUCAAAGCUUCAUAUGCAUUAGCUCCAGGGAUUUCUCUUAAGUAUGUCAGAAGUCUUCCUUUUAUGAUAUGCCAGUCAGUGCUGAAGCUUUUACUGGGUGACAAGGACUUUCUGCCUGAGACUGUCAUCACCAAGUUUCUGGUCACUGACAUAUGCAACAAUAAGAUAAUUAGUAUCAUCUGUGACAAAAUCAUCUUUGAGUUAUUUGAACCAAAAAAUUUAAACAUGAGCCGAAUUGAUGUCUACAUGUCACAUGGCCUCCAGGGAACAUCCAUCCAGAACAUUCUCCAUUACGCCCAGACUUUUCAUGACAUUCCAAAUGUUACACGAGCUUUUGACUGGGGGAAUGAAAAAGAGAACCUGGCUCACUAUAAUCAGGUACAACCUGUCAUCUAUGAGAGUGCCAACAGCAUUGUGGAGUGGUCAAAAAGAUUUGGUGACUAA